AUGGGAGCGCAAAUGGAAGGAAGCAAGGAAAACGGUACUGGGAAGAAUCUGCACCUGCUUAUCGAAAGUGCAACCUCACCUCGUCUUAAUUCGUAUCAGUCGGAUCAUAACACGAUCAGUCCAAAUUCGUGCAGUUUACAGCUCAGUCAGCCCUCAUCGCCUGUCAUCGAUGAUAACACACAGCCACAGCUGAAUUCAUCGCCAUCGGUGAAUGGUGCGAGCCCGUCGUACACGAAUGUUGGCCCGUUGAACAGAACCACAUCCGAUGAGAAUGGCUUGUCUUCACGUUUCUUCAUGCUCAAGAAGGAUUCGGAGCGACGCAACACUCUUGCUAGAUUUAUGCUCGAUUAUAAAACUGAGAUCAUUGAUAAUUGGUAUGACCACCUCGCGAAUUGCCAGCUCCCUGGUGAUUUGGUCGUUACAAAAGUAAGUUGCAAAAUACAUUUUUGA